AUGUAUAUUGUGAACGUGGGCAACGUAUCUGCUGAGAUGGAGUUGCAGAGGCUGCAGCAAGAACACCUACGUCGUCAAGAGAUGGUGCGGCGGGGACACCUAUACCCUGCGCCCCCUCUGGGGCUGUUACCGCUGUUGGAGCAAAUGAGACCGCAACAGCCCCACUCCAACGUUGUCCCAUCCAACCCCUGGCCGACCCAAAUGCCCCAGAUGAGGUCGUCUCCCCCUCCAGACCCCGAUGCACCCCUGAACCUGAGCAAGCAGCGUUCUCCCUCUCCAGGGCCUAUGAUGAUGCCCCGAUUUAUGCCAUACCCUCCCAUGGAUGAGUCAUCGUAUAUGAAGAAGGACGACGAAUACAAUUCCGCUUGCAAUACAUCUUCAUGGGGCCAAACACCUCCAGAAGAAGCAGAGAAGGCGAAGUUGAUCCGGCAACCGAAGCGCGACGAAGCCGGGAAACCUCACAUCAAGCGACCAAUGAACGCUUUCAUGGUUUGGGCGAAGGAUGAGCGCCGUAAGAUUCUUAAAGCUUGCCCAGAUAUGCACAACUCGAAUAUAUCGAAGAUACUCGGCGCCAGGUGGAAAGCUAUGUCUAAUGCUGAGAAACAGCCCUAUUAUGAAGAGCAGUCGAGACUGUCAAAACAGCAUAUGGAAAAACACCCUGAUUACAGGUACCGACCCCGACCAAAACGAACUUGCAUCGUCGACGGCAAGAAAAUGAGAAUAUCCGAAUAUAAGAAUCUAAUGCGUACGCGCCGACAGGAGAUGAGGCAGCUGUGGUGUCGGGACGGUGGGAGUGAGCUGGGCUUCUUACCCUCCCUCUCAUCCCCGGGGCCCUCGAACACGUCGCCACCCCCCAACGGCGGUAACUACAUGAACCCCGGUUUCUCCCCCCCACUUUCACCUAGAGAGGAAGAUUGA